UUUACGCUUUAUUUGACAUGUAACGGUUGAACAAUUUACAAUAUACGCAAACAAACAGGAACUUUAAAGAUGGACGUACAUGUUUUAGCUCAGGCUAUUUUAUACUUUUGUAUAUCUAUCGCUGGAUUUAUUGUCUCAAUCCCGGUAGGGGUGAACAGGUGGAAUUUUCAAGGAGAUUGUAUAUUAUACGCCGACGUGAAAUGGAAAGACAACCGCCACUUUCAGAUGUACAGCAGCAAUUCUGCGAACUGUAACUUUCCAAUCUACUACAGUGUGUUUGGGAUGAUAUUCUAUGGUUUUGGAUUAGGAAUCUUUUAUGCCUUUGCAACAUUUAAGUCAAUGAGGACUCCUACAAUAGGGUAUCAGAUGUGGGUAAUGCCAUACAUACUGUUGAACGGUGUGCACGCUUUCGUCACUUUGAUAGUGUCCUGUAUAUUGUCUGUUGGCUUCCUACAGUUCUGUAACGGCGUCAAAGAAAAGGACUGGGUGAAAAGCUGCGGUCAUUUUGCAAACGUCGAGUGGUCACGCCCUUCCACAGGUGAGAAAUUCAACGCUGGACCGUACACAACAUUACUAGCAGUUGCACAGAUUGCAUCCUGGGUAUGCUUCGUGCUAUUUCUUGCACAGAUGGGUUUGAGCAUUCUUCGAUUUGUAAGAAACAGACGACAAAGAAGUGGAAGUAAAGACGUCGGCACGGACAAGAGUAAAAUUGCAGAAAUCGAGCCGACGGCUUGAUUAAGCCAACUUACCAUCUCCAUCGUGUGUCUUUAUUUAAAACAGCAUUUUGAUCUAUUUGAUCAUCUUGUAUUACAGUAAACGUUUCAUUGAAAAGUAUUAUACAUUGGUGUAAAUAUCCUGACAUUUGGUGACUAACUGAAAUAUCAGAUUUGUGAUAAUUGAAAUUAGUACCGUAUGCACUAUAAUAUAAAAAUGCUUUACGAGGAAAUCGUCCAUUUUACAGCUGCACAUAACAUUAUUUGAUGGACUUUCGAAAUGUGAAUACAUCAGUACAAGAUGUAUCAAAUAGGGAGGAACUAAACAUUGUGAAUAUAUAUAUAUAUAUAUAUAUAUAUAUAUAUAUAUAUACUUUUUUCUACUCCCAACCGUCUGAAGUUGUGUUGUUUAUAGUUUUUCCAACACUACGUACAUAACUGUUAGGUUUGCGACUUUUAGGUGCAAGUUCAGACUCACUGAGUUGCCGUAAUUACAGUGUGUACUUCAUAAAACGUUUUGUAUUGAACUUGUUUGUGCUCCUGUUUCUUUGUGAUUGUUAAUGUUUCAUAUCAUGAAUCUAUUUUUUUGAUUAAACCUUUUAUGAAAUCUAGAAAAUGCAUCUGAAAAAAUGAUCUUUUCCAUUGUAUAAUGUUUGUAAUUAUGAGGGCAACGCUUUUAUUUAAAUUAAAAUUGCGCCCUAACACGUUAAUACCAAAAUUAUGCUCCAUAGUUCCAUACUAGUAACCACCUUGUUGUCUACCUGUUGUCCUUUUUGGGAGAUUCUUGGUCUCUUGCAGACUUUUAUCUCCAUGUCUACUAUUACAGGUAUAUAAUUGCCGCUGGCCUAAUAUGUAUUGCAACGAUCAGUAAACUUCUGAUACAUCCAAACGUUUAUGAUUCCAGGAUUCAUCAAGUGUUGUUUUAGAUUCAAACACAUUUUUCUCAUUUACCCAUACAUUCUGCAGGAUUGUUCCAUAUAGUGACCUGUGUGAAAAUGAUUUAAGUGUAUGUAAUGAUUUUUAUGCACGUGGUAUUACUUGUUUCAAAUUGUGACCUCGGAGAUAUUUUUAUUCAGAAAAAGUGAGUGUACAUCAUCAAUUUUAAUGCACUAUCUAAGAAACUUGAAUCAUGGCGAUAGUCAAGUAAUGGUGAGUUUAGUUUUCCAGACUUUCACUGUUUGAAACAUCACUAAGAUGAGGCACAGUCCCGGAAACACUUCUCUGUACAAUUUUAGGAACUUGUUUAAUAUUCGGAUAAUACACUAAAUUUCUGUGAUCUAGAUGUGAUCUGAUUAAAAACUUGUACGGCGUUAAAAAUUAUUUUUGUCCAUGUAUGUAAUCUUCCACUUUACUAUGCCAGUUAAGCUAUUGACUUAUUAACAGUGCCUACUGAUCAAUUUGUAAAUGUUCAGUGAAUUAUAUUUCUAGGCCGUUUUCACAGUUUCCAAAAGAAAUAGUGUGCAAGUUAUUAUUUUCAUCACACAUUUUGUUCUCAUAAUAAAAUUGCUUUCUCCCAUAGCUAACACUUUUACAUUUCUUUAAAUUAAAAUCUAUCAACCAGUCUUUGCUCUAUUGGAAGACUUGAAAUGUUCAUCUUGUAGUUCCUGUUGGUUUAUAUCUGUUUCUUUAUAUUUGUACAGUUUGCUGUCAUCUACGAAUAACUGGCCUAUCGAACCCAGUAGAUUAUUUAUGAACAGUUAAAAUAAUAAGCCCUAAAAUGGAGCCUUGAGAUAUACUACAUAUAACACCAUUCCACUCAGAAGAAUUUACCUAUUUUUCAUCUAACCUCUGUUUUUCUUAUGGAACGGAAUUCAUAUAAGUUUCAAGUAGCUUUUUGUCCAAUCCAUUCGAUAAAAAAUUUCUUUGUUUGUUUGUACUAUUUUGAUUGAUGUAUGUCUUUUUAUCAAACUUUGUUACUUUAAAUAUAGUACUCAUGUUUGUACAUACAAUUUGUGGAAAUAAAUACAGUUUAAACCAAGAAGAACUUACAUUGACUACAAUCACUUGUUUCCGUUGGUUCAAGACUUUUCUCAGCCACAGAAUCAGAGUACUUUCAAACUUAAAUUAUUUAUUCCUCAUCCGUAUCUUUCAACUUAGUGAAGAAAUUAAAAUCUGGAAAGUAGAUCCCUCGGAAGCACCGAGAACAACGCAAACAGUGAAAAUUGCAGACUCGGCUUAAUUGAGUCUGUUCAUGAACAGUAUUGGAAAAUGCAACAUUGCCAUGUCCCUUAGCAUAUUCAAUCUUCAAAUGUAAAUGAGUUGAAAUCAAUGAAGUCUAUUUUAGGGAACACUGUCAAAGGCUUUAUGAAAGUCCAGAUGUAUUUAUCAACCUCUCCCAUUAUUUUAGUACUUCAGUCAUAUCCUCUAGCAUUCUAGAUAAUUAUAAAAUAGUGCUUCAAUUUUUUCUAAAACCAUGUUACUUGGAUAAUAGGUUAUACAUGUUUAAAUGAUUUGCAAUGCCUUCCCAAGACGUUUACAAUUACUAAACAACUGAAGUAAGUGAUUGUCAGGAUACUGGUUAUAUGACUCAGGGAAGUGCCUACGCCUUUAGUAUCUUGAACAAUGGUUUGGGUCCAAUCGCUAAGGUGACUAUGUCUUAGACUAGCUGACAAACGAUGUAGAAUGUCCUUUGUUAAAACGUACAGCUGGUGAGACCAAAUUUCUUGUAUAUAGAAUUUUCCUCUGGCUACCUUGCCUAAAUGAUUCGUGUACCAAUGAUUCGUAAAUGACUUUAAUUAUAAGCUCGACAAUUUCAGGGAUCAGGCAAAUCACUAAAUGUUUCAAACUAACAAUUUUCAAUCAACUCAAAUUCCUAUAGGCUGGAGACUCUAUACUUGACUGGUCUUUUUGUUGAAGUUCCCGUCAGACAAUGUCUUUGAAUCAACAACAUACGAGUCCUAUCGCAUAGAUGCUCGGCCUCUGUCCUCUUAAACUCUAUAUAAUUGCCCUGACCCCUGGAUGCUCAGCGCCUAUAUGCUAUCACAUGAAGCAUUCAACUACCAUGUAGGUAUUAUCCCCGAUGCCUUGGCUGUACUUCGCCAAUAAUGCUGAACCGUCUAUAAGCUGGAACUCUCCUACUAUCUUAGUAGAUUACCAAUCUCAGCUUCCCGAUGCUCAGCCUAUAUAUGCUAUCGUAUAUAGCAUUCAACUACCCUAAAGGUAAAAUUCCUAUGCGCUGGCCCUAUAGCUCGAAACCUUAUAGAAAUUCUGCUACUCUUCUUUAGUCUAAGAACUUCCAAAGUCUUCUUUUUAAUAAUUUAUCCGCCCUGACAGGGUAACUGCAAUAGUCUCCUUCUCAAGGUACUGGGGUUAAUUAUUAGUUGAAUCCUCGAUGUGUCUUCUUCUACCGCUGGAUACCGAAUGAGCUCUCUGUGUGUGUGUUGAGUUUAUUUAUAGUCGCCACCGGUUGAUACCAUAUGGGCGACUGGUACUCCAAUUAGUAUUCCCUCCUCCUUCGUCUUCGUGUUUUCUUCGCUCCCGUUAAUUAAUCAUCGCAAUUAUGUGGACUACAAUUAUGUUUUCUUCUUAUGUUAGUGUCUACGUAGUUAUGUUGAAACUGCGUUGUUAUGUUGAAACUGUGUUGUUAUGUUGAUACUGCGUUGUUAUGUUGAAUCUGCGUUGUUAUUUUGUGUCUGUGUGAUUUUCUUUCUACAAUUCUGCCCUCCAUUUGCUGCUAUACAAAACGUCUGGUCAUCCGGUCUGCAUCCCGCCGUUGUGAUCUAUAGUAGGCCUCGGUCGUCCACAUCAUCAGCCGUCUUUAGUGCCAUAUCCUCAGAGAUGGUAAUCCGGCAUAGAGUUGGUAGACUCCAACUCACCAAGCCCUCGAGACCGGGGCGCGGAUCGGGGUACAUGAACGCCCGUCGAGCAUGUCCUGGCGAUCGUCCAUAUGUCCCGCCAUCUUCCCUUUAUGUGCCACUACCGAGGUCCCGGAGUGUUGGUGUCUAUCCUCGCCUAUGAACCAGCUGAAGACUUAGAAACGUUCGAGUCCCAGUGCAGUCGACAGGCUUCUGGACUUGUUAAACAGUACAAGUACUGCCACCAGAGUAUAAACCAAAUUUGCCAGCAUUGUCAGUCUGCCUCAGCAUCUUUGAAGAUUUGAAGAUUUGGUGUCCAGCACCAUGUAAAAAGGUUAAAAAUCACGUAAAUCAUCAUCAAAGUCCGAGUAUUGAGGUCAAGUCCCAGUUGGAUGCAAACUCCUCUGGUUCUCAAGUCGUGGCGCGGCUCACCAUGUAGACCAUCGACGAAUAUGUUGUACACAUCGGCAGGAUGCAUUCCGGAUGAUUGCUGUUCCCUCUUUACGGCCACACUCCCCGGAUUUAGUCAUGUGACGCUAUCUAGGUCGACAAUAUACAGACAAUAUACAUGACCCAGUUAGCGCCAUAUGUGCCCUCUCCACGACGUGCACGUACCGGGGAGCUCGGAGAAGAA